AUGGAUUGGGAUCCAGGUUCCGUAUAUUCCAUCAUUAAUACUAAAAUGUGGAGAAAAAUUGGAUCACCCUCACUAAUGCAAGCACCCACAUUAAAAGCUUACUGUAACUUCAAACUAAAACCCAAAGGCUUAACUGAUAUUACUGUAGCAGUUGAUAACCGAAGUUUAAUAUUGCCAGUAAUUGUAAUGAAGCAUGCUGAGCCAAUGCUCUUUGGCCUACAAAAGGGCGAGAAUAAUACAGUCGCUGAUUAUUUAUCACGUAUGCCAAAUCCUAAAGAGGAACCUACAAGAGCUGAAUUAAGAAUUCAUAAAAUUGACGAAAUUACACAAUACGACAAAAUAAAUGAUUUAUCAUUAACUCAACAACAUAUUAAGGAAGAAACCGCGAAAGAUAAUAGCCUUAAACAAGUAAUGCAAUUCAUUAAAACAGGAUGGAUAAAUUUAGUAGCAGAACUACAACCUUAUUUACGCAAACGUGAAGAACUUGCAAUAGAAAACAAUUUAGUUAUGUGGCAGGGUAGAAUUGUGAUGCCGUGCACACGU